GUUUGAGGCGAGCGCGGGGCGCGCGGCGCCGCCUCGAUGCGCCCGGGAGACGCCUCGGCGCCCCAGCCCAGCUGAACAGCCCCGAGAGCGCCGCGGCCGGCCCGGGAGGGCGAGUGGGAAGGCGCGGGGAGGCGCGGCCAGCCCCGGGAGACGGAGAGCGAGCGGGCGAGGAGGAGCGAGCCCGAGAGCGAGCGCAGGGAGCAGACACCAUGCCGGGCUGGAAGAAGAAUAUCCCCAUCUGCUUGCAGGCGGAAGAGCAGGAGAGAGAUGAGAGUCCCUACACUAAAUCCGCCAGCCAGACAAAGCCGCCUGAUGGAGCAUUGGCUGUGAGGAGACAGAGCAUCCCAGAGGAAUUCAAGGGCUCCACCGUGGUUGAACUGAUGAAGAAGGAAGGCACUACCCUCGGGCUGACGGUCUCGGGUGGAAUUGACAAGGACGGCAAGCCGAGAGUAUCUAAUCUGCGGCAGGGAGGAAUUGCUGCUAGAAGUGAUCAGCUGGAUGUGGGUGACUAUAUCAAAGCAGUGAAUGGCAUCAACCUGGCCAAAUUCCGCCACGAUGAGAUCAUCAGCUUGCUGAAGAAUGUCGGGGAAAGAGUGGUUCUUGAAGUUGAGUAUGAGCUGCCGCCAGUCUCUGUUCAAGGAUCGAGUGUUAUUUUCCGAACGGUGGAGGUCACGUUACAUAAAGAAGGCAAUACCUUUGGUUUUGUAAUACGAGGGGGAGCACAUGAUGAUAGAAAUAAAUCUCGUCCGGUUGUAAUAACAUGUGUUCGUCCUGGAGGGCCUGCUGACAGAGAGGGCACAAUCAAACCUGGUGAUAGGUUGCUCAGUGUGGAUGGAAUUCGGCUUCUUGGAACCACACAUGCUGAGGCCAUGAGUAUUCUCAAACAGUGUGGGCAAGAAGCGACGCUGCUGAUCGAAUAUGAUGUCUCGGUCAUGGAUUCUGUGGCAACAGCAUCCGGGCCACUACUAGUUGAAGUUGCCAAAACUCCUGGUGCCAGCCUUGGUGUGGCCCUGACUACCUCGAUGUGCUGUAACAAACAGGUCAUUGUCAUAGACAAAAUCAAAUCUGCAAGUAUCGCAGACAGAUGUGGUGCUCUGCACGUGGGCGAUCACAUCCUGUCCAUCGACGGGACCAGCAUGGAGUACUGUACGCUCGCAGAAGCAACCCAGUUCCUGGCCAACACCACCGACCAGGUCAAGCUUGAGAUUCUUCCCCAUCAUCAGACCCGCCUGGCCCUGAAGGGACCUGACCAUGUGAAAAUUCAGAGGAGCGACAGGCAACCUCCCUGGGAUUCCUGGGCCAGCGACCACUGCAGUCUUCACACCUACCAUCACUAUAAUACGUACCACCCUGACCAUUGCAGAGCGCCAGCCCUGACAUUCGCGAAAGCACCUCCUCCAAACAGCCCUCCAGCUUUGUCUUCAUCCUUCUCUCCUACCUCCACGAGUGCAUACAGCCUGAGUUCCCUGAACAUGGGGACUUUGCCUCGAAGCCUCUACUCCACUAGCCCACGUGGAACCAUGAUGAGGAGGAGGUUGAAAAAGAAAGACUUCAAAAGCUCACUGUCAUUAGCCUCCAGUACGGUGGGCUUGGCUGGGCAGGUCGUUCACACAGAAACCACAGAGGUUGUGCUCACAGCAGAUGCUGUCACAGGAUUUGGGAUUCAGCUGCAGGGCAGUGUGUUUGCCACAGAGACCCUCUCCUCUCCACCUCUGAUUUCCUAUAUUGAAGCUGACAGCCCGGCAGAGAGAUGUGGGGUGCUACAGAUUGGAGACAGAGUGCUGGCCAUUAAUGGAAUUCCAACUGAAGACAGCACCUUUGAGGAAGCCAGUCAGCUGCUCCGAGACUCUUCAAUCACAAGCAAGGUCACACUGGAAAUUGAGUUCGAUGUUGCAGAGUCUGUCAUCCCGAGUAGUGGAACAUUUCAUGUAAAGCUCCCUAAGAAACACAGUGUGGAACUUGGAAUAACCAUAAGUUUACACUUGAGUAAUAUGGCAGGAUCCUAUGAAGAGUGGUGUCUUCUCACUGCACCAUCCAGUAGAAAACCAGGAGACCCCCUGGUCAUAUCAGAUAUCAAGAAAGGCAGUGUGGCACACAGAACGGGAACCCUGGAACUUGGGGAUAAAUUACUUGCCAUAGAUAACAUCAGGCUGGACAACUGUUCCAUGGAAGAUGCAGUUCAGAUCCUCCAGCAGUGUGAAGACUUGGUGAAGCUGAAAAUCCGCAAAGAUGAAGAUAAUUCAGAAACCAAUUACGACUCGGCAUUUAUUGCAGAUGAGCAAGAAAGUUCCGGAGCAAUUAUUUACACCGUGGAGCUGAAGCGCUAUGGGGGGCCCCUUGGCAUCACGAUUUCAGGAACUGAAGAGCCUUUUGAUCCUAUAAUCAUUUCAAGCCUCACUAAAGGAGGGUUAGCUGAAAGAACUGGCGCGAUCCACAUAGGAGACCGAAUCCUUGCCAUCAAUAGCAGCAGCUUGAAAGGGAAGCCUCUGAGUGAAGCCAUCCACUUGUUACAGAUGGCAGGAGAGACUGUCACCUUGAAAAUUAAGAAGCAGACAGAUGCCCAGUCAGCGUCAAGUCCCAAGAAAUUCCCCAUUGCCAGCCACCUGAGUGACCUGGGAGAUGUGGAGGACCCGUCUCCAGCACAGAAGCCAGGCAAACUCACCGAUACGUACCCCUCCACUGUGCCCAGCGUGGACAGUGCCGUGGACUCGUGGGAUGGCUCAGGAAUAGAAGGCAGCUAUGGGAAUCAAGGCACUGGCUUUCAGGCCUCAGGCUACAACUUCAACACCUAUGACUGGAGGAGUCCCAAACAGAGAGGCAGUUUGUCCCCAGUCACUAAGCCUCGAAGCCAGACUUACCCAGAUGUGGGGCUGAGUAACGAAGACUGGGACCGGUCCACAGUCAGUGGUUUUACAGGGGCUCCGGACAGCGCAGAGGCCGAGCAAGAGGAGAACUUCUGGUCCCAAGCGCUAGAGGAUUUGGAAACCUGUGGACAAUCAGGAAUUCUCAGAGAACUCGAGGCAACAAUCAUGUCGGGGAGCACGAUGAGUUUGAAUCACGAGGCCCCUACACCUCGCAGUCAGCUGGGGCGACAGGCCAGCUUCCAGGAACGGAGCAGCUCACGGCCACACUACAGCCAGACCACUCGGAGCAACACUCUGCCCUCGGAUGUGGGCAGGAAGUCUGUCACCCUGAGAAAAAUGAAGCAGGAAAUGAAGGAGAUCAUGUCCCCAACUCCUGUGGAGCUGCACAAGGUGACCUUGUACAAGGGCUCUGACAUGGAGGACUUCGGGUUCAGUGUAGCAGACGGCUUGCUGGAGAAAGGAGUAUAUGUCAAAAAUAUUCGCCCAGCUGGGCCAGGAGAUCUUGGUGGCUUAAAGCCCUACGACAGGCUCUUACAGAUUAAUCAUGUCCGAACGAGAGACUUUGACUGCUGCCUUGUUGUGCCCCUCAUAGCAGAAUCUGGUAAUAAGCUGGACCUGGUUAUUAGUAGAAACCCCCUGGCUUCACAGAAGUCCAUAGAACAGACUCUACCAGGAGGAGAAUGGAGUGAACAGAACAGUGCUUUUUUCCAGCAGUCGAGCCACGGUGGUAAUUUGGAGAUACGAGAACCCACUAAUACAUUAUAGCGAUGCUUUUUAUAAAGCAGGACGAAAGACAAUAUCUACAUGGUGCUAAAAAAAAAAUCCCUUUAAGAAAGAUUUCUGUGAUAUUUGAAGCACAGAUAAUCAUGUGGCAUUAACUGCAAGCACAGGGGUCUUUUCAAUCUCAUGGCUCAUGUUCACUUCCCCUUUCAAGUUGAAGAGGUUUCUUUGUUGUUGAUCACUAUGGUAUAUGACAGGCAAUCCCCUGCCAAGACCAAGGGUAGAGAAAAAAAAAGAAAAACAGCUAGGCCACCCCUCUCUACAGUUAACAUCAGAGGAAAUUUUUUACAAGUCCAUCUUCCUAUUCCUUUUUAAAAAGAGAAAUAUCUGUUUGAAAAUGUUCUCUAUGAUAAUUUCCUUCAUUCACUUUGAAAUCAGUUUCUUACUACAAAGUCAUUCAUGUAAGAAUUUAACCAACAAGGCUUUUCAUAAAGCUGGCUCUACUAGGAGAACUAGUUUGGUGAACUGCUGGGACUGCUGCUAUGGGAGGGGUACAGGUAUAAAAUCAUCUUACAACGUUUCAGCAAUGAUGCACGUAGGCGACCAUAAUAGGUGGUGGUAAAUGUUUUGCCCAAGUAUAGGAAUGAUUUUAACUAAGAUGUAUGCGAUUCCCUAUGCAACAAAUUAUCAAACAGGAUAUGUCUUGUGACCUGUUUUUUUUUUUAAGGACACAUUUUUAAUAGCUGAAAAAUCUCUGAUAAUGAAUUAGGGUGUUUGUUUAGCAACACUGAGAAUUAGUUAUCUUAUUUUUAAAAUUCAAGACUAAGAAUUUGAGAAUGAAGAGUCUAUUAAAAUGAGGUUUAUCUUGAUAGGCAAAUCAAACUCAUACUGCUUGACAUGUUUUGAAAACUGAUUAUAUUGAGGGGUGUACAGCACAUGUACUUAAAAAUGACACUGGACUGUCUUUUGUUCUGAGCCAUGCCACUUACUGAAAUUGUAAAUACAUUUUUCACAAAAUGCAUUGCCAAUUAUUACCAUCCCUCAAAGCAAUAAAUUGUGACAGUUGCUUUUAAUGUUUGUCAGCAACUGUUUUCAUUUGUUUUGUUCAGAUAUUUUGAAUAGUUGUUAUACUAAUAACUGUUAUUUGGUGAAUAUAAAAAAAAAUAGAUCUGUAAAUUGUAGAAUCUCCAUACUGAAACAGUUAUUUUCCAAACAAACAUUUUUAUUUUGUUCAGUAAUCCAAACAACUGCUUAGGUAAAGCAUUUGAACACUGUGUCCUUUGUUUAAGGAAAAAAUUCACCUUGCUUUCUUUUUUGUGCAAAGAAAUAUAUUAUUAUUUCAAUCAUAGUUCAGAACUGCCAGGGCAAGAAAGUAUAAAGCAGAAUCGUGUUAAGGAAAAAAAAAAAAAGAUCAUGAGGAGUCACUUAAAUAUGUAUUUUUGUUUGUAACAAACAAGUAUUAAACUGUAAAGUAUUUUUGUACAAAUUUAAUACUUUAAUAGCAUGGUAUUUAUCGUCUAUGUAUGGUUUUGGGGAAUUAAAAAUUGUUGCAAAUAUUUGUAUGGGGAAAAAAAACCCUCUACCAAAUGGAAUAAACAGUGAUUUUAAAAAGCCAAAAGAAAAA